GGGCCGCGCCCAGCACCGGCACCCGACGGCACCCGGGCACCGGCGGGGCUCCUCCUCGCUCUCUGCUAUGGACAGUGCCAUCACCCUGUGGCAGUUCCUCCUCCAGCUGCUGCAAGAGCCCCAGAACAAGAACAUCAUCUGCUGGACCUCCACCGACGGGGAAUUCAAGCUGCUGCAGGCAGAGGAGGUGGCCAGGCUCUGGGGGAUCCGCAAGAACAAGCCCAGCAUGAACUAUGAUAAACUCAGCCGGGCGCUGCGCUACUACUACGUGAAGAACAUCAUCAAGAAGGUGAACGGGAAGAAGUUUGUGUACAAAUUCGUGUCCUACCCCGAGAUCCUCAACAUGGACCCGCUUGUGGUGGGCAGGAUGGAGGGGGACCCCGAGGUGCCCGGCUUUGGGGAGGUCCCCAGCGCCCCCAAGGAGGCCGAGAGCUGCGGCAAGGAGAAAUCGCAGCCGUGCGCCAAGUCCUCGAGCCGCAACGACUACAUCCACUCAGGCCUCUACUCCUCCUUCACCCUCAACUCCCUCAACUCCUCCGGCGUGAAGCUCUUCAGGUCCAUCAAGAUCGAGAACCCGGCCGAGAAGCUGGCGGAGAAGAAACCUCAGGACGCCGCCCCUUCUGUCAUCAAGUUUGUCACCGUGCCCUCCAAGAAGCCGCCCUCCGCCCCGCUGGCGUCGGCCGCCUCGGCCGUGGCCGUCACCUCCGCGGCCUCCGCCGCCCCCGGCGCGGCCUCCUCGCUGCCGCUGGGCUCCGAGGAGACUCUGCACACGCUGGAGACUCUGGUGCUGCCCAAGCUGAGCGUCCCCGAGGCCCCUCCGGCGCCUUUGCCGAGCCUGAGCGCCAGCUACGCCCCCACGCCCCCCGUCGCCUCGGUUUCCCCCGCGCUGCAGGCGCCCUCCACGCCGCCCUCGCCGCCGCUGAGCUCCAACCCCGAGCUGGACAUUGACACGGACAUCGAGUCCGUGGCCUCCCAGCAGCUGGAGCAGGCCCAGAGCCUGCAGCAGCCGUCCCCAGAGCCCAAGGAGCAGCAGGAUUCAGCUGGGCUGGAGAAGGAGUUCGCCAAUCACCUCUCCAGGGCCAAAAAACCCAAAGGGCUGGAGCUGGCCCCCACCCUGGUCAUCACCGGCAGCGACCCCAGCCCGCUGGGCAUCCUCAGCCCUUCCCUCCCAACCGCUUCUCUGACUCCAGCACUUUUCUCUCAGACCCCCAUCCUGCUGACCCCCAGCCCGCUGCUCUCCAGCAUCCACUUCUGGAGCACCCUGAGCCCCGUGGCGCCGCUGAGCCCCGCCCGCCUGCAGGGCGCCAACACCCUCUUCCAGCCCGUGUGA